AAUGAAGGCAAUGUGUCCAUUACUUAGACGAGAUAGUUUUAGUGAGGAGGAGCAGCUAUAAUAACACAGUGAGUGUGAUUAAGUUGAAUUUUAGCUAACCAAUAACUGGUGUUAAGCUGAGGCUGACACCGAUCCAAAUAUAAUAGAUUUAAAAAGCCCCUCAAUUAAAAAGAAAAGACAAGGCCGUUACAAGAAUGUUCCCUAUACCUUUGGUCGACACUUCAGAAAUUGGAUUGUGGCUGAGGUUGAGUCCAUUCGAUGUCCAGUUGUUUAAAAAUUCAUUUCAAAACGUAAGUCUAAUCCUAGGUAUCAUGACAGUUUUAAAGAUUUUAAUGAAUUAUUCCAACACUCAGGUAUUGGUAGAUAACUAGGUUAAAUCUUUUUUGGAUAAAAGAAAUGGGUAUAAUAUUUACUUGGAAAUGAAAGAGUAGAUGGCUUCUAAAUAUAUUUUGAAGUUGAAAGAUCUUAUUAUGAAGCUGCAAUAAAAGGAACUAAAAUCACUGAACAAAAGGUGAGAAAUAUUU